CUUUAAGACAUGCACAAUAGAAGCUCGGGGGAAAAGAAACAUAAUAUCUCGAAGUCACGGCUUAAAGAUUUGGAUUUCUUACCAUUAUGCAUGACUAUCUUCCAUUAUGGAACAAAAGUCCCAUCUUUGUGAGGAACUUCUGAAAUCGGUCAGAAUCGGGUGUCUGGCGGCACAGAAUAUGAUACAGAACUAAGUCACGACUCGUGCUUGAUUGACAAAGUGCAUUGUGUAGUUAUUUCCUGGGCUGCUUUGCAUAGAAGGUAGACACUCCGAUAUUUAAACAAUUUUUAAUUUGUGUUUUGACGGUAUGUGAAAUUAUCCAGAAAACUAAAAGGAUGGUCUUAUAUGUUAUGUUUGGAUUUACUCUUCUUAUCCAAGUUGUGAAUGCUAAAUAUUACUGUGAGAAGGCUUGGCAGACGAACCAGAACAAUGGCCUGUGUUACAAGUUGUUCCCAGAGAGCCAGACUUGGAAGCAAGCAAGACAAACCUGUACAAACCACGGCAGCUUUCUGGUAUCUGUCACCAACGAAAAAGAACAAAACUUCAUCGUGGAAGAUGUUCUGAUGAGUAACCAUAACUGGUCUGUGUGGUCCGGAGGUCACUCGCUGUAUUACAAUGGCUGGUACUGGGAUAACUAUAGGAGGAACUUCAACUUCACACGCUGGGCGACCGGCAGACCCGUCUCGCCACCAAGGUGUAUAGCUAUGGUUGGAGUAGCUGGAUUUAACUGGUCAGACCAGCCCUGUGUAGAAGUCCGUCCCUUUAUUUGUGAAAAACCAGCACAUUCCCUAAAUUGUGACGGCAAAGUAAAUGUUGUCCAGCUGGAACCAAACACACUAACCAAUGUCAAUUUCCCCCCAUUUUAUGAUCCCCAUCAGCCAUUCCAAUUUCCUCCCUAUGAAAAAAGUCUAACGUGUGUUUGGAACAUAGUCCCACCUCAUGGUUACCGGAUUGUCACGGAAUUUGAUUUGUUUUGUAAUGAUGAUCUGAAGGCAUAUCAAGGAGGAUCUUCCCUGGAUGGAGUAACAUGUCAGGUGCGUUCAGGGAAUUUUGUGGCUGACUCAACAAUAACUUUAUCAUUCACAACAAAUAUCUUCACCAGACCACGUAGCGAACUGGGAUUUCAGUUCAGAGUUUUUGCAACCAACACUAAAGAGAGUACAUGUGAUCCAGCAGGAGUUCCGUUAGUUGCUUCACCUCAGGAACAAUUCAUAACUUCUCCAGGAUUCCCACUUCAGAAAUCAUCUUCCUGUGUUUGGACUAUAAUAUCCCCUGUGAAGGGAUCCAGUAUCUACAUACAGUUUAGGUAUCGCUAUAUCAUUGAUGGAGCGGCACUUAGAAUCCAAGAUGAUGUGUUUGCGGGAUCUUCUAUGUUAGAAGAUUCUAGGAUUUUAGUUUACCGCGAAGAAAAGAUUGUCCUGAAUUACACCAGUCCCGGCACAUACUCCGGGCACCACGGCUUCUCACUGGUCUUUUUUACAGACAAUAAAACCAUGGAGGUCUGCACCCAAAAGGAUGUCGAAAGAAACCUGACUGAAUAUGGAAUUCUAAUCCCAGAAGAACAAUUUCUGAUUUUUUCAGUGAAAGCUUCAAAACACAUUCAUAUAGAACUGCACUCUACAGGCGGGCAUAACUAUGUAUUAACAUUUUAUCAAGACCCUCCGGAAUUUUUAGGAACUUAUGCAUGUUUGAAUACCACUUUCAUAGAUAAAUGUCUUGAAAUCUACACAAGUAAAGUUUUAGACAGUGGAAAUUUUGUGGAUUUUUGGGUGUCGUGGUCGGAUACUUUAAAGGUCGGUCGCGGAAGAAUACAGGGAAAUGACAUCAUAAUGGACUACAGAAUUUAUAAUCCAAUGAGAGGUGAUUUUGCAUCAAUUCGAACUAUCGAUGGAACUGGCACUUGGAAAUUUUACGGAUCAACAGUAAUCAACGAUUUUGUGGAGAUCUGCCAUGAAUCAGGAACUGCCCUUGAGAGACUGUGGGAUUACAACUUACCAGUCCCAGGAAACAACUUCAUAACCUUCUCUGUCGUGAUGUGUAAGAAUGCGAUGAUAAGGUUCAAAGAAACGAAUGGGUCAUACAUGCGACUCUGGCUGAAUGCUCGUUCAGCAAAAGGAGAUGGCUACAUUUCUUGCAUCACACACGACAUAUUGUAUAAUAACACCUACAGCUGUUUUUCUGAUGCACACACAGGAAGUGUUUUAAACUGUAGUGGAUUUCGUGAUUUUUGGAUAACUUGGGGCAAAAAUACAAAUCUUAGAGUUGGGAAGGGUAAAAUUAUUGGGAAUAAUACCAUGAUCAGCAGAUCAACUAACUUUACUCCAGUUGAUAAUUCACUCUCGUUCGGAAGUGAGUCCCGUGAUAAUACUUAUAUUUUCUCUGUAUGGCGAUUUGACAGGCCACCUACAAUAAUAGAAAACAUCAAUAUAACUCAAAGUGAUGUUGCUCCUUCGCCGGUUGGUGUUGAAGGCACAACCCUUACCAUGUCUGUGGAUGUUAACGUCAGAUUUGGAUUUGAAGUGAAAUGGUUUAGAGACGGAACUUACGUCACACAAUCUCCAAGGAGAUUCUCUAUCCGUCAAACGCUUUUAGAAGUGAUGAAGUGUUCUCUUACAAUUGUCGAACUCAAACUUAGAGAUGAAGCUAACUGGACGGUGAUUGUCUCAAAUCAACACUCAGAAGCCAUAGCAAGUUUUGAUAUAAAGGUGAAACCUGGAAUAAAACUGGAAAUCUCUCCACAUUACAGACUGGCUAUUCUAAGAGGAAGUACACUAGAUCUAGUCUGCAACAUAACAAACAUACAGGAUUUACAGGGGCUUCCGAUCGACAUUUCUCUUCUGACGUGGUACAAGAACGGAGUUAUAUUAAUGCAAGACAAAUCAAAAAUUAUCAUCACGACGAGCGGGUCCUCGAGUCUCCUCCGGAUUCUGUCUGUUGAUGUCAGCGACCAAGGCACAUACUCCUGUAACCAUGAAAUAUACCGCGUAUCCAUGGUAAUUAACACAACCGUGGAUGUUUAUAACAAGGGUGCAACGAUAUGUCCCUCAUCUAAGGAUAUUUAUGGCGUUGUAUGGCCCACUGUAACUCCUGGAUCCCUCGCUCACUCUGAUUGUCCUAAGGGUCAAGAAGGGAAUGCCAGCAGAUUUUGUGAUUAUAACGGAAACUGGAAGAAAACGAGCGUGUCGUACUGUGUUGAUGAAGAUUUUUCAAGUACUUUGAACGAGCUCCAAGUUCUAGAAGACGAUGGAGUAUUAGAUAAAAAGUAUAUUGAACAAACCUUUGAAAGUUCCCUUAGUAAGGUGGAAAACCUUACCGCCUCCAGGACUGAGAUUUCCUCAGCCAAUCUACUGUCGUCCAUUAAUAUCAUUAAUACAGUUCUCAGAGUAGCAACACAAAGCAACGCUUCUGUUCCACAAACAAACGUAUACAGCAUUGUCGACCACGUUGCUUCUGUGGACAAUAGAGGAUCUUGGAAGCUAGUUGAUGAGGAGACACAUAUUGGGUCGGCGUCAGUUUUGGAAACAAUGGAUAGGGCCAACUCUCUGAUGAUGAAAGAAUUGAAAUCAGAAGAAUUUAGAGGAGAAAAUGUCGUGGUGAACAUUAGCGAGAUUUCGCUUCAAGACGCAGAACUCCGGUUUCUGGAGAACGAAUCCUUCAUCGUGCUUCCAAAGCAAGAGGGGCAACAACAAGUUACAAAAUACUCCGCCGUUCUGUACAAAACGAUGUCUCAAUUUUUACCAUCUGAAACCAACAGUUCUGGCUCAGGGACCGAUCGAGUUAUCAACUCUGUGGUGAUGUCGCUAACAUUGGAGCAACCUUCCAGAGAUCUGUCACCUCCACUAGUCCUGACAUUCCAACACAACAAAGGAGUACGAGUAGUAGAAGGAGAAGCAGAUUGUGUGUUCUGGGAUUACACAUUAUUUGACAAUGCUGGGGGAUGGUCAACAGAGGGAUGCUCUAUGAAUUCCACAAAGAAUGGUGUGUCUGUCUGUCUGUGUAACCACACUACAAACUUUGCCGUUCUCAUGAGACCUUAUACACCGGAAAAAGAAGACUCUGUGCUUGUCAUUAUAUCCAUUGUUGGUUGUGUUAUCUCCAUGUUGUUUGGUGUACUGACGAUAGCUGUGUAUGUUAUUGUCUGGAAGCAAAUAAAAAGUGAUCAGAAUGUUCUUAUAAUAUGUUUGUGUGUCUCUCUCUUCCUGGCCUACCUGAUACUGCUAGCUGGUGUGGAUAACGCUCAGAAUGAGGCAGCAUGUGUGGUAGUUACGUUUUUCCUUCACUUUUUCCUUCUACUAACCUUCUUCAUGAUGUUUGGAGUCGGAAUGUUCUUUUUUAUGAACGUCACUGUGUUAUUUUAUGCAAUGGGCAUCACAAACAAAUUUAAUUCAAGAUCUAGACUAAAGUGGAUUCUUGGUUUAGCCACAUGUAUCCCUCUUGUUAUCGCUCUCAUUACACUGGGAAGUUGCUGGGAGACACAGUAUCAUGCAGAUGCAUUUUGCUGGUUGUCUGUGUCCUCGGGGGCUAUCUAUGCCUUCAUUGUUCCUGUUAUUUUGAUAUUCCUGCUAAAUGUUUGUAUAAUUGUCUCAUUGCUACGCGUGAUGUUUUUGACAACGAAAAUGAAGAAAGCUGAGUUUAAAGAAAAGGCCAGAAACGCCUUAAAGAGUGUAUGUACCCUCAUACCGGUUCUUGGAAUAGCAUGGAUUUUUGGAAUCUUCGCCAUUAAUGAGGAUCUUGUAGCAUUUCAGUAUAUAUUUACCAUUGCAAAUUCAAUACAGGGUCUGUUAAUAUUCAUCACUCACGUAUUGUUGAAUAGAAAGAUCAGAAAAGCGUUACAGGCAAAAUAUCCAUUCUUGAAACGAAAACGAGACAAAUCCGCCUAUAAAGAGAAAGAUCAAAGAGUAGUAUCUUCAACGGAUUCCGAGAAUUCCACAUCGAACACACAGUCAAUGUCAUUAGUUCCAACCAAUAAUAGGGAAUAUAAACAUCCUGACAUGGUUUCGGAACAUGAUAUACAUAUUAAAACAAAGGAGACGAAUUCAAACAUAUUAAAUGAAAAUAAAGUUUUCGAGAAUCAUUUCUACAUCAGCUCACUGGAAACAAAGAUCGAGGGAGGUAAAAUAACCACCCAGACCGAGACCAGAAACCAUUCUCAAAUCGAACAAAAAGUGCAAGUAUUUGAAUCAAAAUUAUCGUCCAGUAAUGGUACAACUGAAAGGGGCCGACAACAGGAAACUAAAUGGGGAGGAGGAGGUGUUACCGUACAAUCACACACCCACACUGAGGGAGGUAAACGAGAGGAAGUAAGGCUUACCAAGGAGGUUAGAGUGAGGCAGAUAAAGAUGACACAGGCAUCGGUAGAAACCAGCAGGAUUCAGAAUAAAAUGCAGUUGAUGAAAAAGGACGAUGAAGAAUGCGAUGCCUAGCAAGUCAAUGGAUCUAUACCUUUGAGAAAAAAAAAUCAUACUGAUUUUUAGGGCCAUUAAAAAGCUGUUCCACCAACGAUGUUCGUACACGUGAUCAACGGACUGUAAAGGGAAAACAGCGUCCAUAUGAUUUUGAACAAUACUCGUUAUUUUGCAAUUAAAAAAAUACUUCAAAGUCUUUUUUCUUCUAUUUCUGAUAAGAAUAGAACAGAUUCCGAUGCCCUGUCCACUGCAAA